AUGUCCGAUCAGAGCUCGUUUGCCCGAUCCCGUCAAGACCAUCCAACUCUCGCUCAACUCAACACUUCUCCUCAGACCCUCUCGUCGCCAGCCAUGGCCAGCUCUUCAAUCGCGUCUCCGCCAGUUACGGUGACCACACCGUCCUCCAUAGCCUCGGAUGACUCUCCUCUCCCAGAGUUCAAGCGGCCUAGCGCCAGUGCCAUCACGGACAGCCCCAACGCGCGCUCCAAAAGUGUGACUGUGGCCGACGGGCAGGAGACUUAUGGCGUCCUCAAUCGCCACCCUGCCGUAAAAAAUGACACACCGCCGUUAGUCGAAGAGAAGGUUGUCAAGCUGCCCACGUUCCGCGUCGGUGUGAGCGAGGACCGCAACAAGCGGUGCCGUCGCACGAUGGAGGACGCUCACAGCUUUGUUUACGAUUACGCCGGCAUCCGCGGCCAGGGCUACUUUGCUGUGUUCGAUGGUCAUGCUGGCAAACACGCUGCCGAGUGGUGCGGGCAGAACUUCCACGAGUACCUCCUAGACGCCCUCUUGACGUAUCCCGACGAGCCUAUUCCAGAGCUGCUCAACAAGACAUUCCUCGUUGUCGACAGCCGUCUCACCCACCUCGCUUACCGGAGCAGGACCCACUCUGGCUGCACCGCCGUAGUCGCCUUCCUCCGCAUGGAGCACGACACGCCCAAGGGAAGGAAGGGCUUCACGAACCCCUCGUUAUCGACUCGCGGGUUAAUGGAGGGUCGCGGUGAGGAAGAGUUGGAAGCGGAGACAAGCGGUAACAUGCCUUCGCGCCGUUCGUCCAUGGGAGCGGGUUCCUCUGGUGGCAUUGGUGGCGCGGCGUCGCCAUCGCACGAGCAGAGCCUGCGUAGGAAGAUGUCGGGGCGCCGCAUUCGUGACUUUGUUCGCGGCUUGACGGGAAGCCACAAGGCUGACGACUCGGCUGUGGAUGAUGACGAAGCAUCUGAUAUCGGCCGUGACUUUGAGACGAUGGACCCGGUUAGCGAGACUGGGGCUCGUCGUGUACUGUAUCUUGCGAAUGUUGGCGAUGCGCGCGCUGUCAUCUGCCGCGGCGGUGGCAAGGCUGUGCGAUUGACGUAUGACCACAAGGGAAGUGACCCUCAAGAAGCCAAGCGUAUCACAGAUGCUGGCGGUUUUGUCAUGAAUAACCGCGUCAAUGGUGUGCUGGCUGUGACGCGGUCGCUUGGUGACGCAUCCAUGAAGGAGUUUGUUGUCGGGUCUCCAUACACGACGGAGACUGUUCUGGACGACGAUGACGAAUUCCUGAUUGUUGCUUGCGAUGGGCUGUGGGACGUGUGUGAGGAUCAGGACGCGGUCGAUCUGGUGCGUGGUGUCGAGGACCCACAAGAGGCGUCCAAGAAGCUGCUGGAGCACGCGCUGGGCAACUACUCGACUGACAACUUGAGUGUCAUGCUACGAUGUGCGAGCACGUCUCUGCUCGUUGAUACUGGGGCGGCGCCGCCUAGCUAUGCCGCGGUCACGUCGGAGCGCGAUGUUGGCGAUGUUCCCUAUGACCCAGCAGCGGAUACACACUGGGCAACGCGCGUCAAUGCCGAAGGACGUAUUGACGUCGACGUCGACCUCGCGUCGGUCCCAACCGUCCCACCAAGCGAGUACGACGGUGGACUAGACGUCGACACGCUGCGAUCAGACGAAUGUCCACCCCUCAACAUCGUCAUUUUCAUCGUCGGCUCACGCGGCGACGUGCAGCCGUACCUCGCUCUCGCCCUUGAACUGAUCCGCACCCGAGGACACCGCGUGCGACUCGCCACACACGCCAUCUUCGCCGACCUCGUCAAGCAAACUACGGUCCGGCUGGCUGGCCUCACAGACGAGAACGGCACCCCCUUGACCAGCAAGCUCGAACACUUUGACAUCGGCGGGAGCCCCGAAGAACUCAUGAGCUACAUGGUGCGCAAUCCUGGCCUCGUGCCGGGCAUUACCGCGCUCGCGAGCGGCGAUAUUCGUCGCAAACGCCGCAUGGUCAAGGAGAUGCUUGUAGGGUGCUACCUCUCCUGUUUCACCCCAAACCAGCAUGGGGAGCCGUUCGCGGCCGAUGCGAUCAUCAGCAACCCGCCUUCGUUUGCACACAUCCACGUCUCAGAGGCACUGGGCAUCCCCCUCAUCAUGUCUUUCACUAUGCCAUGGACGCCGACCACCGCCUUCCCUCACCCAUUAGUGGCGGCCAAGAGCAGCUCACCCGACCACAAACUCAACAACUACGCAUCCUUCCUCCUCGCCGACGCACUCAUGUGGCAAGGUCUUGGGGACCUCAUCAACCACUUCCGCUACUCGAUCCUCGGGUUGCGGCCCCUCUCGCACAUGGCCGGCCCACUAACCCUCCAGCGACUCCAGAUUCCGUUCACAUAUGCUUGGAGCGAGCACCUCCUCCCGAAGCCUGCUGACUGGAAGGGUAAUAUGGACGUGGUCGGGUUCUAUACGAUGGACAGCGACACGCGAUUCACGCCCGACGCCGCGCUCGCAAAGUUCCUCGCGGCUGGCGAGCCUCCCGUGUACUUCGGCUUCGGCUCUGUUGUUGUUGACAAGCCUGACCAGUUGACCAACAUCAUCCUCAACGCCGUUGAGCGUACAGGGAUCCGCGCAGUCGUGAGCGCCGGCUGGGCCGAGCUGGGCGCUGGGGACGAUAUCCCCAGCUCGGUCUUCAUAAUCAAAGGCAAUGUUCCGCACGACUGGCUAUUCGCCGAGGGUCGUGUCGCGGCAGUGUGUCACCACGGAGGCGCGGGGACUACUGCCGCGGGGUUGCGCCUUGGCGUGCCGACCAUUGUCGUCCCGUUCUUUGGCGACCAGUGGUUCUGGGGCAAUGCGGUGUAUCACGCGGGCGCAGGGCCAGAGCCGAUCCCCUACACCGAGCUCACUGUUGGCCGACUCGUUGCUGGUCUCGAGGUGGCGCUGGCACCAGCAACGUUAGAGGCCGCGCGUAAGAUGGGGGAGCAGAUCAGCGUGGAGGACGGCGUCUCAGACGGCGUGCGCAGCUUCCACCGUCACCUCCCGCUGCUGAAUAUGCGCUGCAAUGUCGACGAGUUGCAGGUUGCCGUAUGGUGGUCCGAAGCCAUGGACGCACGCCUUAGCGCCCGCGUGGCGGCUGUGCUGGUCGAAGAGCGCAUCCUUGCGUGGCGCGACCUGGUCCCACAUCGUCCCGUCGAUCACGACUCAUUGCGACACUACACGGACCCGUUCGCGAGCUUCGGGCAGAGCGUUCUCAACCUGGGCGCAGUGAGCAUGGGGAGCGCCAGUGAGCUGUUCUACGCCCCUGCACGAGGGCUGGGCGGCCUUGUAUGGGGGGUUCCCAAGGCCUCUUUCGACGUCGUCUCGUCUUUCCACGAAGGUUUGGAGAAUGUCCCGGGCAUUUUGGGGGGACAAACACGGCGCCGUGGUAAGGUUGACUCCCUCACAACGGGCGUACAGGAGGGUGCGAAGGGGCUCGCGUACGGCAUUUUCGACGGGAUCACGGGACUUGUAACUGAGCCGUAUCGCGGAGCGAAGAGUGGCGGCGUUGACGGGUUUGUCAAAGGGGCGUGGAAUGGAGUCGUCUCGCUCGGCCCACGCCUCGCAGGUGCUGGUCUCGGUCUCGUUGUCCACCCUACAACAGGCGCCUUCCGCGGUCUGCGCACACGCCUAGGCAUGGCAGGGUUGCUGGAGCAGAGUGUAAUGUACAGCCCGCGCCAGGCGGCGAGCCACAAGGCGGCGCUCGGUGUGAGCAAGGCCGAGCGCGCCGAGAUCAUCACCGCAUGGGCGCGCCUUUGCUCCCCUACUGCAACUGAUAUGCGGCGGGCCGAGCACGAGGCGCGUCGCGCCGCGAACGAGCGCCGCCUCCUCACGAGUGAUCCCCAGACGCCGUCCAUGAGCAAGACGCAGGUCGGGUCGAAACUGAGCAAGGGUCUGCGGAACAACAGCCUUCUACGAAGGAAGAAACGACAGGGUUCAGUGUCCUCGGUUUUGUCUAUGUCGCCCUCAGGUCGUACUUCGCCGACUGCCGGGCCAUCAAGGGAGGACAAAACGAAUACGUUCACUACCGUCAGCUCUCCUAGUCGAGAAAAGGACCCGCGCUGGCGCGAGGUACACGACACGCUCACCCUGCCGGGCUAUAAAAGGGACGUACUGGAGGCGACCGGGGGGCCGAGCGGCACUUUUCCACUCGAUAUAGGGCUUAGACGGCCGUUAUUACGAUGGGGGACGGGUGUGAGCUUUGCGAGUACGAGCACGGCGGACGUCGCGCAGGCUGGGAUCGAGCGGUGGGAUACGCAGUCGAUCGAUUCGGCAGCAACCACCACCACAAGAGGGACGACUACUGCGGACUCGGCGUCCCAGACGUCCGAGAUCGAGCGGCGCAAGCGGUUCUGGCACAAGGGGAAGGGGAAGGGGAAGGGUAGGAGCCGCAAUUAA